GAUUACUUGGCCGAAAUGCUCGCUCCACUCAUCCAAAUACUUCUUUUUAGCCAGCUGUAUCCCGGCUUCAUAAUGGCAGGAUUAGUGAAGAGCGAUUCGGAGGACUUCAUUGACUGGUGGCAGCACACGGUUUUCUAUCAGAUUUACCCAAGGUCCUUCAAGGACAGCAAUGGCGAUGGAAUCGGCGACCUAAAGGGAAUCACCUCGAAGUUGCCUUAUUUGGCUGACACUGGCAUUACGUCUACCUGGUUGAGUCCCAUUUUCCAGUCACCAAUGGUCGAUUUUGGCUACGAUAUAUCGGACUACAAGCAAAUCCAGCCGGAAUAUGGAACCAUGCAGGACUUCGAGGAGCUCAUCGAUAAGGCUUUUGAGUUGGGAAUCAGAAUUAUAUUGGAUUUCGUUCCCAAUCACAGCUCGGAUCAGCAUGAGUGGUUCAAGAAGUCGGCUGCCAGGGAUCCAGAAUACGAGGAUUUCUACGUUUGGGAGGACGGUAUUCUCCUGGAGAACGGAACUAGACUCCCCCCCAACAACUGGCCAUCCGUGUUCUAUGGAUCUGCUUGGGAAUGGCACGAAGGUCGAAAGCAAUAUUACCUUCAUCAGUUCACCAAGGAGCAACCCGAUUUGAACUACCGCAAUCCCAAGGUGGUGCAAGCCAUGGAUGAUGUGAUACUAUUUUGGUUGGAAAAGGGAGUCAGCGGCUUCCGCAUUGAUGCAGUGAAUCACCUGUUCGAAGAUGAAUCUCUCAAGGAUGAACCACUGAGUGGGAAGAGCCAGGACCCAAAUUCCUACGACUACACCAAGCACAUCUAUUCGAGGGAUCUGCCAGAGGUCGUGGAGAUGAUUCAGCACUGGAGGAAGCUCCUGGAGGAGUUCAGUGCCAAGCAUCCCGAGAGACCCACUCGCAUCAUGAUGACGGAGGCGUAUGCUUCACCCGUCCAGCUGGCGGACUACUACGAGGAUGCCAACGGGGUUCGCGGCUCCCAUCUGCCCUUCAACUUCCACUUUAUCACGGACGUGAAAGGCGACUCGGAUGCGCGUGACUUUGUCUACAAUGUGGAAAAGUGGCUGAUCUACAUGCCGCGCGGGCACGCGGCCAACUGGGUCAUGGGCAACCACGAUAACCCCCGGGUCGCCUCUCGCUUUGGUCCCGCCAGCGUGGACGCCAUGAACAUGCUCCUCCUCACCCUUCCCGGCGUCGCCGUCACCUACAAUGGCGAGGAGCUCGGCAUGCAGGACUACCGCGAAAUUAGCUGGCAGGACACCGUGGACCCGCCGGCCAGGAAUGUGGGCGAGGAGCGCUACAAGGAGGUCUCCCGCGACCCCGUCCGCACUCCUUUCCAGUGGAGCAGCGAGCAAAAUGCAGGCUUUUCCACCGCUUCCAAAACCUGGCUGCCCGUCCACCCCAACUACCUCGAACUGAAUUUGGAGGCCCAGAAGGCAGCCCAAAAGAGCCAUUAUCAGGUUUACAAGGACCUGAUUGAGCUGCGAAGGUCGGCCAUAAUGCGCCUGGGCAGAUUCACUAUCGAACCGAUUUCGCGAUGGGUCUUCGCCUUCAAGCGCUCGUAUCCCAAUUUCGAGUCGAUAAUUACCGUCAUUAAUGUGAGCGACAAGGAACAGUUGGUGAAUCUCACGGAGUUCAUAAACCAACCUAAGAAACUGGUUGUUGAAGUUUCCGGAGUGAAUUCCAAUUAUCAACCUGGUGAAUCCCUGGCCGCAAGUGCACUGUCCCUGGCCGCCAGAGAGGGUCUCGUCUGUCGGCUCGUCUAGUCGGAUCGGGAUUAGAGGAAUUACCAGCUGAUGGCGGCAAACUUUGCUCUUUAAUUGCAUUUCCAGUUCAAAAUGUCACGCGAUUGAAUACAAAAUGGGGGAAAAUUAAUGACCGUGGAGCGGACA